AUGACAUAUCCCCCACAUCGUAGUGAUGAAUCGGUGGAGCUGCCCGGGGGAGGUCGCGCGUCAGCGGGAGCUUCCCCGCCAUACUCAGCUUUUGUGGAAGAUGAAUUAACCAGAGAAGCCGGCAGUUUGCAAGCCAAUGGUCGCGUCGAUAUCAAUUUGGAAUCCGAGGUCGCCAGGACACUCGCCGAGAUAAUCGACUUCCAACAAGAGGAUCUUCAGAGUCCGCCGCCCGGCUACAUCGACACUCCUUCCACACAGGUCCGGUCCUGUCAAUUCAAACUUAAUAUAGUUAUACAGAUUGUGGGAAGCAGGGGCGACGUGCAGCCGUUCAUUGCGCUCGGAACUGCGUUAAAGAAUGAUGGUCACCGAAUCCGUAUUGCAACACAUGAUGUAUUUGCAGACUUCGUUCGUGGAUCAGGGCUGGAAUUCUUCCCUAUUGGCGGGGAUCCGGCCCAGCUCAUGGCAUUCAUGGUCAAGAACCCUGGCUUAAUACCGCAGAUGAGGACAUUGCGCGAGGGCGAAGUCCGUAAGAAGCAAAGCAUGGUAGCGACAAUGCUUGACGGGUGUUGGAGAUCUUGUGUUGAUGAUGAUCCCCUAAUACAAUGUCCUUUUGUGGCAGAUGCAAUCAUUGCUAACCCGCCUAGCUUCGCCCAUAUUCACUGUGCGCAGGCACUGGGCAUCCCUGUUCACUUAAUGUUUACCAUGCCAUGGAGCAGUACCAAGGCUUUUCCACACCCGCUUGCGAACUUGAGUCCAUCAUCAAUGAAUCCCACCACGGCAAAUUGGGUUUCAUAUGGAGUGGUGGAGGUGUUGACCUGGCAAGGCCUAGGCGAUGUUAUUAAUCGAUGGCGCGUUUCGAUAGGCUUGGGGCCUAUCCCUGCAACGCAAGGGCCUCGCUUGGCUGAAGCCUUAAAGAUUCCUUUCACCUACUGUUGGUCCCCUGCACUGAUGCCAAAGGCCGAGGACUGGCCAUCUCAUAUUGAUGUCUGUGGAUUUUUCUUCAGAGAAGCCCAGGCAUAUAACCCGCCAGCUGAACUGGAAGAAUUCUUGAACUCUGGUCCCUCUCCGAUCUACAUUGGCUUUGGCAGCAUUGUGGCCGACAAUCCUCAGAGACUUAUCGACACGGUCCUUGAAGCAGUCUCGAUGGCUGGAGUCCGUGCUAUCAUAUCUAGAGGAUGGAGCGGAAUGUCCGGAAACACCGACAGGAAUAUAUGUUAUAUAGAUGACUGUCCACAUGAGUGGUUAUUCCAGCAUGUGGCUGCUGUUGUCCACCAUGGUGGUGCAGGGACAACCGCCUGCGGUCUGAGAAAUGGACGACCAACUGUCGUAGUGCCGUUCUUUGGAGACCAACCCUUUUGGGGCCAUAUAAUUGCCAGAUCUGGUGCUGGUCCUAGCCCGCUACCUUAUGCGUCACUCACAAGCCAGGAUCUGGCAGCCUCCAUUGAAUUCUGCUUCACCUCUAAGGCCAGGGCUGCUGCCGGAAAUAUUGCAGAAAGAAUGCAGACAGAGCGUGGCGUGACGGCAGCCGUGGAAUCAUUCUACACUCAUCUACCUUUAGAUAAGAUGAGAUGCAGUGUGAUGCCCAACCAAGCAGCGGUUUGGACAUUCCGAAAGGGCAAGCGUAAGUUCAACUUAUCGAAAGCAGCAGCCAAUAUAUUGGUGGAGAAUAUGAAGAUAGAGGAGAAACAACUUCAGUGUUACGAAACCAACCCUAUUUUCAUUGAGAACCGCCGCUGGGAUCCAUUAACAGGUGUUUUAUCUGCCUCUCUCGCAACCGGAUCCAACAUGUUACUCUCCACAGGGCAGAUGAUAUACAAUCCCUACAAGGAAUACAGACGUACUCGCUCACGAAGGCCAUCAGGAGAAGAAGGGAGGGUGCGCUCACAGUCUGUGCCUACAACCAGGGCUUCAGGCAACUACUCACGGAGCCCUGAAGCAGGUGACUUACACAUCCAGACUCGCAGAACGGAUGUUUCGGAGCAUAGCAGUAACCAGACCACCAGGUCAUUAGCUACAGCAGGGAAUAUGACUUCCGCGACAAUGAAAGGAUUUGGGAAAUUCACUGCCACGUAUUUCAAAGGAGUGAUGGUGGACAUUCCCCAUGCGGCAGCCGAAGGUUUCCGACAGGUGCCUAAACUAUACGGGGAACAGCCAAGGGAAUACGGCACGGUUAAAGAUUGGAAAUCCGGGGCUAUGUUUGGUGGCAGGAAUUUUGUUGAUGGUAUGAGCGAUGGCUUUUCGGGGCUCUUGACGCACCCUGUCAAGGGUGCUAAAGAGCAGGGGGUGACUGGGGCAGCCAAGGGAUUGAUGAGAGGGACGAUUGGACUGGCCACAAAGGCCCCUUCAGCUGGAGUAGGAUUGGUGGCCUACCCAAUGCAUGGGAUAACCAAGAGCAUUGAGACGGCGAUUACAUCAAAGGAUCGAAGAGAUCUUGUUUAUGCGCGUCUCAGAGAUGGUUCAUACUAUACGGAGGGUAUGGGAAUUACAGCCCAAGAACAAUACAGGGUCAUUGAACGGUUUGAGAUGCUCCUACGCACUGAAAAUGCGUAA